UUGUUUCUUUUGUUUGCAGAAGGGAAGGCGUGUCGAGAAACGUAAACUCAACAGAAAGGAAGAAUGGCCCAGCUCAAGGCAAAACAACAGAGAGUGGUUUGUUAUCGUUGUUAGUGGCUAUUAAUGCUGUGAUAGUUGUUGUUUUUCCUUCUACAGAUGCUGAGGCGUAUCGAGAUGUGUAAAACCAACAGAGAGGGAGAAUGGCCCAUCUCAAGACGAAACCGCAGGCAGAGGUUUAUAAUCGUUGAAUUUUGUGAUCGCUGUUGCUUUCCUUCAUCUACUGAUGCUGGGGCGUGUCGAGGAACGUAAACCCCAAAAAGAGGAAGAGUGAUUCACGCUCAAGAUAAAACAUGACAGUGGUUUGUUUAUAAUCGUUGUUUGUGGCUAAAAGUUUUGUGAUCGCUCUUGUUUUUGCUUCGUCUAGAGAUGCUGGGGAGUAUAAAAAAUAUUAAGAAACGUAAACUCGGCAAAGAGGAGCUCAAGACAAAAUAACAGACAGUGGUUUAUAAUCGUUGUUUGUGGCGAAGGGUUUUGUGAUAGCUCUUGUUUUCCUUCGUCUGCAGAUGCUGAGGAGUAUCAAGAAAUGUAAACUCGGCAAAGAGGAGCCCAAGACAAAAUAACAGACAGUGGUUUGUUUAUAAUCGUUGUUUGUGGCGAAGAGUUUUGUGAUCGCUCUUGUUUUUCCUUCGUCUACAGAUGCUGAAGUGUAUCGAGAAACGUAAACCCCCAAAAGAGGAAGAGUGAUUCACGCUCAAGAUAAAACACGACAGUGGUUUGUUUAUAAUCGUUGUUUGUGGCUAAUAGUUUUGUGAUCGCUCUUGUUUUCCUUCGUCUACAGAUGCUGGAGUGUAUCGAGAAACGUAAACCCAACAAAGAGGUAAUAUGACCCUAAAGUCCAGGGAGCAGACAGUGGCUUGUAAGGCCCGUUGUUAAUGUCCUGUAAAAUCUUGAUCGCUGACGGCUCUAUUACUGCGGGGUGUCGGCUUGGCUCCCUCAGCUGCCAGCCAUCAACACGCCCCCGCCCGCUGGCUUAAUAAUUGACCUGCUGACGCCCACAAGCCACGCCUAGUUCUCCCCGAGGCCUCGCCCACCGCACGCUCCCGCUCCCUCAUUGGCCGCCGCCUCUUAUCAGGGAUGGAGGUUAGGAUAUCAAGCGACGAUUUGACCAAGUGCUCAUUAAUCUGCACUAGUUAUUUACUGUUACCGUGUUCAUCCUUCACGUGUCCGGGUAUUAGAGUAGUGCCGCAUAGCAGUGGUGUCUCACUCGCCUCUGCUACGAGUUGUGGAGGAGGGGGAUGAAAGUGGCCAUGUCGUUGGUUAUCGUACAUGUGGCUUCCCGUCGGGACUGCAGAAAAGGCCAGCCUCAGCACCACGUGUUGGCCACUUUAGUGUUCCAUUACUGCAGGGUUUGAGGAGGGUGUGUGUGCUACUCUCCCUCCGCUCCAAGGGACGGAAUAGCAACUGGUGGUGUGACUCGUACUCCAAGGCACUUCGUCUCCCCAAUCGUCGCCGCAAGACAACUCGCCUCUCAUCCCGGUGUGGCGCCAGUAACUUGCGUCUUGCUGUGUUCCCGUGAGUUUAGUUUGUCAAGAGCGUGCCAGGGAUCGCGUUUAGUAUCUCCAAAAUGCCUCAGAACCGGCUAUGAAACGUUAGUUGGAAACGUGUGCAGAUUCGUAAACUUCCAUUAGCCAAACAGGUGCUUGACUCCAUUCGAAGGAGUUCCCUUUGCCCCCAUGAUAAGGAGGAAGAAAAAGUAUCUGUAGACGCCGUAAGAGAGGCUUGAUUUUAUAUCAUGCCCUCGCUGUCCUGACAUGCUUUUUCUGGCUCGCUCUACUUGUAACGUUGAGACACUGAACAGUUUGCUACUGAAUAAUAUGGAAAGGAAGGCACGUUACCAAACAAGUCUUGUCACCCAUUAGAACAAGCAGCAGUUUGUCUCAGCAGCAGCGAACAAGGAAGAAGACACGGCAAGAAAAAACAGCGCUCAAAACUCGAAACAGAAGAAUCGUCGCGCACAAGUAUUCAUAAAGCAACAUAAAAGAGAAAAAAUAGACAUCCAUUCCAUCCAGAACAAUCGAACAGAGUAAUCAAACGAGGUUUAAGCGAAACAACUACAGUAUCAGCCAUCACCACAUCGACUCCGUGACGUCUCUCCGCUCCGCCGUCACCAUGUACAGCCUCGAGAACGUGAACCUCGAAGCAGUGAACCGCCAGUGGAUGAGUUCGAGCAACUAUCUGGAGUGGGACCUGCCAGCCUCCACCUCCCUGCCAGCCGGUGUCUUCCCGGCCGCCUCCUGCUCCCCCUCCUCCUCCUCCCCGUCCUCUUCCUCCGCCUACUCCUGUCCGCCCGCCAACACUGACCCCUGGGCGCCCUGGGCCUCCCCGCAGAAGUCUCAGCAGGAGGACUCUCUGGUGGCGUCUGGGCUGCGGGAGGGUCGGCGGCGGCGGCGUGUGUGUCCCAUGGCCCAGGUGAGGCAACGACAGGCGGCCAACAUGAGAGAGAGGCGGCGCAUGGCUUCUAUCAACGACGCCUUUGAGGGGCUCCGGGCGCACAUCCCUACCAUGCCUUACGAGAAGAGGCUGUCCAAGGUGGACACGCUGCGGCUGGCCAUCGGGUACAUCACUUUCCUCUCAGACAUGGUAGAGACCAAUCCCUCGCUUCAGACGGGCGACCACGCCAACAACAACAACGGCAGCGACAGUGCGAACACUAACAAGAUCCUGGUGAAGAGCGCCGUCACGACCUAUGGCGGCGGCGGCGGCGACGUGGGUCUGGGCAUGGGCUGCGAGGAGGGGGAGGAGAUCGCCGCCUUCACCGAGCUCUCGUGGGCGUCGCAGAAGGAGGAGGUCGUGAACGGGAGAGUCAACACCUCGCUCUGGACGCCCUCGCAGACCCUCGCCAACUGACACGCCCACCACCACCCUCCCACGCCUAUCACUACUAUCUGACACGCCCAUCACCACUAUCUGACACGCCCACCACCACCCUCUGGCCCCAGCACCACGCCCAUCACCACUAUCUGACACCCCCAUCACCACCCUCUGACCCCAGCACCACGCCCAUCACCACUAUCUGACACGCCCACCACCACCCUCCGGCCCUUUCACCACGCCCAUCACCACUAUCCUCUCCGCCUCACGCCCUCACCAAAUGACACGCCCACCACCUAUAUCACUCACUCAUCAUCAUCACCAUCACCAACCUCAUGAUCACACCCACCCACAUCACCUCCACGUCUCUCCCCCCUCCCUCCCUCACCAUAUAAUCACCACCACCACCACCAUCAUCACCACCAACCUCACAUUCACACGCCCGCCACCACGAUCAUGCCUCCCCUGCCUCACCAUCAUUAUCACCAUCUUCAUCACCAUCACGCCCCCCCACCCUCCCUCCCUCACCACCAUCAUCACCAUCACGCCCCUUUCACUCCCUCAUCACCAUUACGUUGAAGAUAAUUCGCCGGAAAGAUUUGGAUGUCGCAGGUUAGGGUAUACUCUUUGAUUCAACUGGCUAUGUAAUGUAACGUCUUCGAAUUCAACCCUUUUCUUGUUGGGCUAAUGUAGAGUUAUUUAUGGGGGUGGAAUUCUAAUAAGUGUCUCCAUUUUCAUCAUCAUCAUCAUCUUCGCCACCUGAUAUCACCCACCUGUAGAUUAUUAUUUCCACUUUCCCUUCUCCCUACUUCGUGUUCCCUCCGUGUAUACCUCCUUCCCUCGAUCCAUCCCUCCUUCCGUCAUUGGUCUACUUCAUGACUAAGCUCGUAAUGAUUAACCGAUUCUUAUUUAGUGAAGUAUACCUCGAUUGAAAACUCUACCGAGAACAACUCAUGGGACUAUAGGGUUAUAAAACGCAUAUUCCCAAUGGUGUUUUCCUCAAGAAGUGUGACAAAUGUGAAAGAAUGAAAAUAGUCCAAAAUACGUAUAAUGAAAUCGAAGUGUCGGACGGAGGAGGAGGAGGAGGAGGAGGAGGAGGAAGAGCUAGUAGAAAAAGUAGAGAAAAAGUUUAAGUUUUUUGUACCUUCUGAAGACGAGAGGAUGUGUAAAAAAAAGGAGGCUAGAAAA